GGUGGCGGCGGCGGUGGCUCCAUUCCCCCUCCUCCCCCGGGAGCGGCGGCCGGGCCCGGGGAGACGGAGCGGAGGGCCGGAGCGGGAGGAGGCCGCGCUCCCUCAGCCGGGCCGCGCACGGAGCUGCUCGCUCGCCCGGCCCGCUCGCCCGGUCGCUCACCCGGCCGCCCGCGCUCGCGCUCAGGGGGCCCCGAAGCGAGGGGCCCGGCCGGCGGCUGAGGUUUGUCUUCGUGGUUUCCAGUUGCCAUGAGGAAGCCUCGCCGAAAGUCACGGCAGAAUGCCGAGGGCCGGAGAUCCCCGUCCCCAUACAGUCUUAAGUGCUCACCCACACGGGAGACCCUGACUUACGCCCAAGCCCAGAGGAUUGUUGAGGUCGACAUCGAUGGCCGCCUACAUCGGAUCAGCAUUUAUGACCCGCUUAAGAUCAUCACUGAAGACGAGCUGACUGCUCAGGAUAUUACCGAAUGCAAUAGCAACAAGGAAAACAGUGAGCUGCCCCAAUUCCCUGCCAAGUCCAAGAAACCCUCAUCAAAGGGCAAGAGGAAGGAGUCCUGUUCCAAGCAUGCGUCUGGUACCUCCUUCCACCUCCCCCAACCCAGCUUUCGUGUGGUGGAUACGGGUAGCCAGCCGGAAGCGCCCCCAUUGCCUGCUGCUUACUACCGAUACAUUGAGAAGCCUCCCGAAGACCUGGAUGCGGAGGUAGAGUACGACAUGGACGAGGAGGACAUUGCCUGGCUAGACAUGGUCAACGAGAAGCGCCGAGCAGACGGCCACAGCUCGGUGUCGGCAGACACCUUCGAGCUGCUGGUGGACCGGCUUGAGAAAGAAUCCUACCUGGAGAGCCGCAGCAGUGGGGCCCAGCAGUCCCUAAUCGACGAAGACGCCUUCUGUUGCGUGUGCCUGGACGAUGAGUGCCACAAUAGCAAUGUCAUCCUGUUCUGCGACAUCUGCAACUUAGCUGUGCACCAGGAGUGCUACGGCGUUCCCUAUAUCCCAGAGGGCCAGUGGCUAUGUCGCUGCUGCCUGCAAUCUCCCUCUCGUCCCGUGGAUUGCGUCCUAUGCCCCAAUAAAGGUGGGGCCUUCAAACAGACCAGUGAUGGCCACUGGGCCCACGUAGUCUGCGCCAUCUGGAUCCCUGAGGUCUGCUUCGCUAAUACCGUGUUCCUGGAGCCUAUUGAGGGCAUUGACAACAUUCCACCCGCCCGCUGGAAGCUAACCUGCUAUAUCUGCAAGCAGAAAGGGCUGGGCGCGGCCAUUCAGUGCCAUAAAGUGAACUGCUACACCGCUUUCCACGUGACAUGCGCACAGCGGGCUGGGCUCUUCAUGAAGAUUGAACCCAUGAGAGAAACCAGCCUCAACGGCACCACCUUUACUGUUCGCAAGACUGCGUAUUGUGAGGCCCACUCUCCAAGUGUGGCCGUUUCCAGGAGAAAGGGCGACUCCCCAAGGAGCCUCAGUGAAGUCGGGGAUGAGGAUGGGCCAAAAGAGGGUGGAGGGGAGGAGGAGCAGGAAGAAGCUGAGGAGGAGGGCCAGGAAGGCCAAGGUGGGGUGGGCAGCCCCCUCAAGGGGGUGUCCAAGAAGGGUAAGAUGAGCUUGAAGCAGAAGAUCAAGAAGGAGCCAGAGGAAGCUGGCCGAGAGGCACCCUCCAUCACUCUCCCCAUGGUCACUGUCCCACAGAUACCCUCUUACAGGUUGAACAAGAUCUGUAGUGGUCUCUCCUUUCAGAGGAAAACCCAGUUCAUGCAGCGGCUUCACAACUACUGGCUGCUGAAGCGGCAGGCUCGGAAUGGUGUCCCCCUCAUCAGGCGCCUGCACUCCCACUUACAGUCCCAGAGAAAUGCUGAGCAGCGGGAGCAGGACGAGAAGACUAGCGCGGUGAAGGAAGAGCUCAAAUACUGGCAGAAACUUCGCCAUGACCUGGAGCGAGCUCGGCUGCUGAUCGAGCUCAUCCGCAAAAGGGAGAAGCUCAAGCGGGAGCAGGUCAAAGUGCAGCAGGCUGCCAUGGAGCUGGAGCUGAUGCCGUUUACCGUCCUGUUGAGGACAACUCUGGACCUGCUGCAGGAGAAGGACUCUGCACACAUCUUUGCUGAACCUGUCAGCCUGAGUGAGGUUCCAGAUUACCUGGAAUUCAUAUCCAAGCCAAUGGAUUUUUCUACUAUGAGACGGAAGCUGGAAUCUCACCUGUACCACACCUUGGAGGAGUUUGAGGAGGACUUUAACCUUAUAGUUACCAACUGCAUGAAGUAUAAUGCUAAAGACACAAUUUUCCACCGAGCAGCUGUCCGCCUGCGGGACCUGGGAGGGGCCAUCCUGCGGCACGCCCGGCGGCAGGCAGAGAACAUCGGCUAUGAUCCUGAGAGGGGCACCCACUUGCCCGAAUCACCCAGAUUGGAAGACUUUUACCGAUUCUCCUGGGAGGAUGUGGACAACAUCCUCAUCCCAGAGAACCGGGCCCAUCUGUCCCCAGAGGCACAGCUGAAGGAACUGCUGGAGAAACUGGAUCUGGUGAGCACCAUGCGGUCCAGUGGGGCCCGCACCCGUCGUGUCCGCAUGCUGCGCAGGGAGAUCAAUGCCCUUCGGCAAAAGCUAGCGCAGCCACCGCCACCACAGCUCCUGUCACUGAACAAGACUGUGCCCAACGGGGAGCUGCCAGCAGGAUCUCGGGGGGAUAAAGCUGUCCUGGAGCAGGCUCAGCAGGAGGAGCCAGAAGAGGAAGGGGACAGAGAUGAUUCAAAAUUGCCUGCCCCACCAACCCUGGAGCCCACCGGGCCUGCGCCUUCCUUGUCGGAACAGGAAUCCCCUCCAGAUCCCCCAACCCUGAAACCCAUCAGCGACAGCAAACCUUCAAGCCGGUUCCUAAAGCCCCGGAAGGUGGAGGAUGAGGAGCCCUUCGAACAAUCAGCCCUGCAGCUGGGGAGCGAGCCCCUGCAAUGCUUGCUUAGUGACAAUGGCAUUGACAGACUGUCCCUCACAAACCCUGACAGCCAUCCUGGCACCCCUCUCGGCACCGUGGGCCGCCGAACCUCCAUCCUCUUCAAGAAGGCCAAGAAUGGAGUUAAGCUACAGAGUGGUCCCGAUGGGACCCUUGAGAAUGGCGAGGACCAUGGCCCAGAGGACGAUCCUGCUUCUCCAGCCAGCACAGAGGAUGAACACUAUUCCCGGAAGCGGCCAAGGAGCGGGAGCUGUAGUGACAGUGAAGGGGAGAGGUCCCCUCAGCAGGAGGAAGAGACAGGCGUGACUAACGGCUUUGGAAAACACACGGAAAGCGGGUCUGACUCGGAAUGUAGUUUGGGUCUCAGUGGAGGACUGGCGUUUGAAGCUGGCAGUGGCCUGACGCCUCCCAAACGCAGCCGUGGGAAGCCAGCCCUCUCUCGUGUGCCCUUCCUGGAAGGUGUGAAUGGAGACUCUGACCACAGUGGCUCAGGCAGAAGCCUCCUGAUGCCCUUUGAAGACCACGGAGACCUGGAGCCCCUGGAGCUGGUGUGGGCCAAGUGCCGAGGCUACCCCUCCUACCCUGCCUUGAUCAUCGAUCCCAAGAUGCCCCGGGAGGGCCUCCUGCACAACGGUGUCCCCAUCCCUGUCCCUCCGCUGGACGUGCUGAAGCUGGGCGAGCAGAAGCAGGCAGAGGCUGGAGAGAGGCUCUUUCUUGUCCUCUUCUUUGACAACAAGAGGACCUGGCAGUGGCUUCCAAGGGACAAAGUCCUGCCCCUGGGUGUGGAGGACACCGUGGACAAGCUCAAGAUGCUAGAAGGCCGCAAGACCAGCAUCCGGAAGUCAGUACAAGUGGCCUAUGACCGCGCCAUGAUCCACCUGAGCCGAGUGCGUGGCUCCCACGCCUUCGUCACUUCCAGCUACCUGUGAGAGCGGCGCUGGGCCUGUGUCUGCCUUCUUUGCCUCUCCUCUGUCCCUGAGGCAUGAGAACCUCUGCUGCCCCUGCCACGUGUAUGGCCGGCAGCUUUUUUCUAAUGGCAGGCCCUGACUGGACUGGGUCUCCGAGGGCAAGGCCCAAUAUUGACCAAUCAUGUGGUUCCCCUGGAGGGCUGCUGUGUGCCAAAAAACCUCCCACCCGAGGUCCCUGGGGAUAUUCCACUGAAGAACCACUUAGAAGUAGAAGCAGCUGAGAGUCUUAGCCAGCCAGGGAGAUAGACCUGGUCCACAAGGCAAGAGGGCCUAGGCUGCUUCUCUGGGGCCAGCCGGCUCUCUCCAUGCCUCUCCCACCUAACCAUACCUCAGGGCAGGCAAGGUUCUGACAUUGAUCUCAGAGAUGUGCCAGGGUCCCUCGGGAACCCUCAGAGCUUCCCUUCCCCGACACUGCCCAUGCUCGCACCCCCCCCCCCCCCCCCCCCCCCCCGUCUCAUCUCUCACACCCAACCCAGGGUCUCCCUUCCCUCAUUGCUCUCUGCUCUCCCUUGUGCCAAACUGACAGCAACAUCACCAAAUUGAUCUUUUUCUUUUCUGUCCCAUUUCCUUCCUGGCCAGCUGCUACAUUAGAUGGAUGUCUGCCAGGCGCUUGAGUCCCAGGUAGAAGCUACCCCACCUGUAAGGACCCACCCCCACUCACAGCCCUCCAGCACCCUCCCUCUGGGUUUGCUGCCCCUGCCUCCCAGAGUAGGGCUCUUUUCUUUCAUCCCCUGCUUUCAACCUCUUCUCCACCCUCACCUCCUCAAUCCCUACCCUCAAAAAGGAAGGAAAAACAAACUGUGAAUGAGGAAAGCUGACUGACAAGCCAACGCAGCUCUCAGAGGCUUCUGCUCUUGACAUUUCUUUUCACCUCUUUAAGCACCAAAGCCGCAGGCAGGUUUGCAGACCGCCGAUUGCCAUGUUGACUUCUACCUUGAUGUUAUUUUUAAUUGUUUUCAAUUUUUUCAUAGGGGAGUUUUGGGCAAAAAACAAAGUCCCUGGGGAGAUCACUGCCAUUUUUACAUACUCAAACUUUUUAAAGAAAUACAACCAACCAACCACCAACUUCUUACACUUUUGGGACUCGAGCCAGAGUUUAAAAGGGAACCAACAAAACUCACCAAGAGGGCCAGGUUCUGUCCAGCAAACAGCACAGCCACACGGGACAGGGCGUGGUGUACAUAACUGUAAGAUAGCAGGCACACACUCUCCAUUACCAGAACCCUCCCUUGUGCAUCCAUGCUGCACAGCCUAGUCAAGGAGCCGACACGUCCCCCUCUCCCCAGGUAGCUGGUCAGCUGUGGACUCUGUGACCCUUGUCUAAACCUGUGUCAAGAUCUCGGGGCUUCUCCCUUUCUGUCUCCUUCCCCCAACACUAUCUCCUCUGUCUCUAUUUUUCAGUCUCGGAAUCCUUCCUCUCUCCGAGUCCCACUUUAAAAACUGCUCUUUUAGGACAGGAUGUGGCUCGGAUCUGCUGUGGCACAGGGCCUCGUCUCUGUCUGGUCUGCUGUGAAGCACACGAUGCUCUAUUUAUUGUAGAAAGUGAAUUUAUUUGCCUUCUAGAAUUGUUUAUAACAGAUGGUUAUAAGAGAGGUAAUAAACAGAAAAGCCUAUGCCUGUAAAGAAUACAAGAGUUAAUUUUGCCUACCAUAAUAUGAUGUCUUAUUUUCUCUCUGAGAAAUAAAUGUUCUAUGGG